AUGUCUGUCAAGGAGCUGAGGAAUGGUCAUCUUGAUAUCACCAAAUAUCUGAUCAGUCAAGGAGCUGAGGUAAACCAGGGAAAGGAUGACAGUCGGACUGCAUUACACAGCGCUGCUCUACAUGGUCAUCUUGACAUCACCCAAUAUCUGAUCAGUCGAGGAGCUGAGGUGAACAAGGGAGAGGACGGCGGUUGGACUUCAUUACUCAACGCUGUUCAGAAUGGUCAUCUUGAUAUCACCAAAUAUCUGAUCAGUCAAGGAGCUGAGGUGAACAAGGGAAAGGACAACGGCUGGACUGCAUUACACAGUGCUGCUCAGAAUGGUCAUCUUGAUAUCACCAAAUAUCUGAUCAGUCGAGGAGCUGAGAUAAACCAGGGAAAGGAUGACGGUCGGACUGCAUUACACAUGGCUGCUCAGAAUGGUCAUCUUGAUAUUACCCUGAGUCAAGGAGCUGAGGUGAACAAGGGAAAGGACGACGGUUGGACUGCAUUACACAGUGCUGCUCAGAAUGGUCAUCUUGAUAUUUCCAAAUAUCUAAUCAGUCGAGGAGCUGAGGUAAACCAGGGAAAGGAUGACGGUCGGACUGCGUUACACAGUGCUGCUCUAAAUGGUCAUCUUGAGAUCACCCAAUAUCUGAUCAGUCAAGGAGCUGAGGUGAACAAGAGACAUGGUCACGGCUGGACUGCAUUACUCAGUGCUGCUCAGAAUGGUCAUCUUGAUGUUACCCAAUAUCUGAUCAGUCAAGGAGCUGAGGUGAACCAUGGAGAUGAAGACGGUGUGACUGCACUACACAGUGCUGCUCAGAGUGGUCAUCUUGAUGUCACUAAAUAUCUGAUCAGUCAAGGAGCUGGGGUGAACAAGGGAAAGGAUGACGGUAUGACUCCUCUACACAAUGCUGUUCAGAAUGGGAACCUUGAUGUCGUUAAAGUCCUUCUGGAAGGAGGAGCACUUUCUGACACGGGAGACAUUAAGGGGCAAACACCUCUACAGAUGUCUUCAUUCCUCGAGCACCAAAGGAUCGCUGAUCUAUUCAUCCACCGUUCCCAGCUCGCCCAAAAUGAUUUAACUGAUAUCCACCUUGCCAUACAACACGGUCACACGUCCAUCAUUGAGAAGUUAGUUUCUGAGGGAGCUGAUCUCAAUGUCCUGUCAACUGACGGCCAGACGUGUCUGCAUGAAGCCAUUAAACUCUGCUAUAAGAGCGUGAACAUUGUGCAAAAUACUGACACUCUAAGAAAGAUCUCUGAUGAGUAUUACAAGGGCGAACUAUCUCCUGAGAAGGCCUUGGUGUUUUAUCUUCUAGAGAAUGGAGCCAAGUUAGACGUGAAGGAUGGGACAGGCAAGCUACCAAUCCAAUAUGCCAAGGACGAAGUGAUCAAACAAAUGAUUUUGUCUAGAGGAACAACGGAGGCUGAGAAGAACGAUUUUGACAAUCUUCCGGAAAAGGCGAAAAAUGAUGAAACAGACACUGUAGAGCCAAUAGACCACGCCUUAGGUGGAUUGACAGGACUAGAUUUCCCUCCGAAAAAAGAAGCAGCGCAAGGGCCCUCAGGAGUACAGACCAUGACACAGGAGCCUACAUCAACCAUUGACCAGCCCCUUCUAGAUGAUAAGUCCUCCAAGAACCAAGUUGGCAAGAAAGUCCACUGGGAAUUUUUGACAGACAGUCCUCAAGAACUUACUCUUCAAGAGAAUGAAGUAGUAAUAUCAUGCGGCAUCAGAUUCUCGCCUUCUGGAGUCAAGCUCAGCGAAACUAUCAAGGUCACGUUGGACCAUAAUGCACAUUUCACCAAUCCAAGACGUGCAGAGAUCGUCUUCUACACCCGCAACAAAGACUCAACAACUUUCGUGAGAAUUCCCGCAUCCACUGACGGUUGUCCACGCUGUGACGUCAGAUCAAAGGACUUGGAUUUCUAUGUGGAUCAUUUCAGUGAUUGGUGGAUUGUGGCCUUAAUCAAACGGUACUUCGUCGGAAAGAGGGUCGAGUGCACGCCAUAUAUACGACCACCUGUCAUGAAGGGGUUCACGCACUUAGUGCUACUUUGCAUAUAUGACGAUCUCUUGGAUGUUAUUGAGAAAACAAACAAGAAUAUGAAGGAGUACAGAAUGCUCUAUCCGCCCCAGCAAAUGUUCGUAGAAUGGAGGUGUGGUGAUAUCAAUAUCACGUUGUUCGAUGGCUCAAUGGAAAAAGGAAGGACAAUUGGCAAAAAGAUACUAGGUACAAGGGAAAUGAACCUCGUUAAAAGUAAACAAUUCUCCUUUGAAGUGGAGCCACUCGAGUCGGGGGCAAGCCAAAGGUUUCUCGAAUUCACCUUGGAUCAAACAGAGUCUACCUUUAACCCUACCCCGAUUCAUUUCGACUUGAAAUAUGAUGCAACAACAUUAACAAGAGCGCCAUCAACACCAACAGUGGAAACAAUAGCAGCAGCAGGAGGAGCAUCCCUUCCCGUGCAUGCCAGUUUACAAGCAGCAGAGGUGUCAAAGCAAUCGGGGUUUGAUCUCCAAUCAGAUGCAAUAUUAGACAGGCUGUCGAAACGCAUGCCUGCUGAGAAAUACACAUCGCUGUGCACACAUCUUGGGAUCGAAUACUACGAAGCUGACAAGAUCCUAGUUCGAGUUUCCAAUGACUACCAGAGAGCUACUAGGUCUUGCUUGGCACAGUGGAAAACAAGGACGGGUGGUGAUAUGGCUCAACUGAAGACUAUUCUUCAGGAGACAGAUGUUGGAGAUUUAGCAAAAUAUAUUGAAUAGUCGUAAUAGCUCCAGCAACUCACUUGAAGUAGUGGAAGAAAUUAAAACAGAGGCUUAGGUGUGAUAAUGUAUGUGCAAUAUGAUAUACUUACAUGCCAACCUUCCACAGCUUAAAAUAAAGGACUCUCUGCAUGU